AUGCCACCAGGUCCUUACCCUUAUCCCAUAAUAGGAAACAUUUUAGAACUACUUAGCCAUAAACCCUAUGAAUCACUCUUUCAUCUUUCCAAAACAUAUGGCCCCAUAAUGAGUCUCAAGUUUGGAACCUUAACCGCUAUUGUAAUCUCUUCUCCAGAGAUAGCCAAAGAAGCAUUAACCAAACAUGACUUAGCAUUUUCCAAUAGGCAAGUCCUUCAUAUCACUACAGCACUUGGCCACAACAAAGUCUCUAUGGUGUGGUCACCCGUAUGUGAUCAUUGGAGAACACUAAGAAAACUAUGUUCCACAAACAUAUUCUCCCCUCAAAGGCUUGAAUCAACUAGCAAACUUCGCCACAAAAAUGUGCAAGAAUUGGUGAAUUUUGUGGGAACAUGUUCCACCAAAGGUGAAGCUAUUGAUAUUGGUAAUGUUGUGUUCAUAACAAUAAUGAAUUCAUUGUCCAAUACCCUUUUUUCUAUGGAUCUUGCACACUACUUGUUAGUGUUGCAAAAGCUUAUAGAGGGUAUAUUGGAUGAUGCUGGAAAGAUUAACAUUGUAGAUCUUUUACAGGGCCUUAGAGGAAGAUGUGAAGAAUCUUUUAAAAGGUUGUUGGAGGUUUUCAAUGAUAUUUUUGAGGAAAGAAUGCGACUAAAAGUAUUAUCGUCCGACAAAAGCAGUGGAGGAACUUGUUAUGAUGUACUAGCUAGAUUCUUCCUUGGAUCUUCUCGAAGUGACUUGUUUAUUGCUGGAUUAGAAACAACAACAAGCACGGUGGAAUGGGCAAUGGCAGAAUUGGUGCAUAACCCUAAAAAAAUGGCUAAAGCCAAAGAAGAGCUUUUACAAAUUCUUGGUAGAGAUGAAAACCCUAAAGAAUCAGACAUAUCAAAGCUUCCUUACUUGGAGGCAAUUGUAAAGGAAACAUUUCGGUUACACACUCCAAUUCCCAUUUUGUUCCACAAAUCAAAUUCCAAUGUAGAAAUCAAUUGCUUCAAAGUUCCCAAACAUGCAGAAGUUUUAGUUAAUUUAUGGGCCAUAGGACGUAAUUCUAGCAUUUGGAGUAAUCCAAAUUCCUUUGUGCCAGAGAGAUUUCAAGAGUGGAAAAUGGACACAAAAGAUAACAAAUUUGAGUUCAUUCCAUUUGGAGUUGGAAGAAGAAUGUGUCCUGCAAUUUCAUUGGUACAUAGAAUAGUACCUUUGAUUUUAGCCACUCUUUUGCAUUGUUUUGAUUGGAAGAUUGCGGAUGAGAAGAAACCACAAGAGUUAGACAUGAGAGAAGAAUAUGGUCUUACUGUGCGUAGGGCUCAACCACUUUUACUCAUUCCAAUUUCUACCAAUUAA